AUGUCUAGCAAAGUUCUGGAACCUGCAUUUCAGGGAGUUGGUCAGAAAGCAGGGAUUGAAAUAUGGCGAAUCGAAAACUUGCAACCAGUACCUUUGCCCAAGUCUGAUUAUGGUAGAUUCUAUUCCGGUGAUUCAUACAUCGUCUUGAAGACUACAGGCAAGGCAGGUGCAUAUAUGUAUGAUAUACACUUCUGGUUGGGGAAAGAUACUAGCCAGGAUGAAGCUGGAACAGCAGCUAAAAAAGCUGUUGAGCUUGAUGCAGUUCUUGGCGGUCGUGCAGUACAGUAUCGAGAACUUCAAGGUCACGAAUCUAAUAGAUUUUUAUCAUGCUUUAAACCAUGUAUGAUGCCACUCGAGGGGGGUUCAGCGUCUGGAAUCAAGACACCUGAAGAGGAAAAGUUUGAAACACGGUUGUACACAUGUAAAGGAAAACGAGUUGCCAGAUUGAAGCAGGUUCCUUUUACUCGAUCCUCGUUGAAUCAUGAUGAUGUCUUCAUCUUGGACACUGAAGAUAAAAUCUUUCAGUUCAAUGGGGCAAACACAAAUAUGCAAGAAAGAUCCAAAGCAUUGGACAUUGUUCAAUUUUUAAAAGACAAAUAUCACAAGGGGAAGUGCAAGGUCGCAAUUGUUGAUGAUGGAAAGCUACAAGCAGAGGGGGAAUCAGGUGAAUUUUGGGUCAUGUUUGGUGGGUAUGCUCCUAUAGGCAAGAAGGUAGCAACUGAGGAUGAUAUAGUUCCAGAGAGGAUUCCUGCCAAACUUUAUUGCAUUGCCGGAGGUCAACUUCAGGACAUAGGUGGUGAACUUUCAAAAUCAUUAUUGCAUAAUGAAAAAUGCUAUCUGUUAUACUGUGGCUCUGAGGUGUUUAUUUGGGUUGGUCGAGCAACACGAGUGGAGGAUAGAAAAGCUGCCAUGCAGGCUGCAGAGGAGUUUAUUGCCAAGCACGAUCUGCCCAAGUCCGUUUGUGUAACCCAACUUAUUCAAGGUCACGAGACAAAUUCAUUUAGGUCCAACUUUGGGUCUUGGCCAUGUUCAGCAGCUCCUCCUGUUGAAGACAGUAGAGGAAAAGUAGCAGCUCUGCUGAAGCAACAAGGUGGUGGUCUGAAAGGGCAGACAAAAACCUCUCCUGUAGAGGGGGAAAUUCCACCUUUGCUUGGGGAAAAUGGAAAAGUCGAGGUAUGGCGUAUUGAUGGUGAAGCCAAGACGCCAAUCUCCAGCGAGGAUAUUGGAAAAUUUUACAGUGGAGAUUGCUAUAUUUGUCACUACCCCUACCAUUCUAAUGAAAAGAAAGAAGAUCACUACCUGUGCUGUUGGAUUGGGAAGGAUAGCGUCCAGGAGGACCAAAAAGUGGCUCACCAGCUGGCUACAUCGAUGUCCAACUCUCUAAAGGGAAGAGCAGUGCAGGGUCGAGUAUAUCAAGGAAAAGAGCCACCACAGUUUGUUGCCAUCUUUCAGCCUAUGGUUGUUCUCAAGGGUGGAUUGAGCUCUGGAUACAAAAGCUACAUUGCAGACAAAGGGUUGACUGACAAUACCUACCGUCCAGAUGCCACUGCACUCAUUGAAAUAUCGGGAACUUCAGCUCAUACUAAUAAAGCUCUUCAAGUAGAAGCGGUCGCAACGUCUUUGAAUUCCUAUGGGUGUUUUGUUGUACAAUCUGGUUCAGCAGUUUUUACCUGGUAUGGAAACCAAAGUACUGUUGAGCAGCAGCAGUUAGCAGCAAAAGUUGUUGAGUGUUUGAAGUCUCGCGUACCUGUAAAAUUCGUUAAAGAAGGAAAAGAGAGUUUAGCUUUCUGGCUUGCUCUUGGAGGCAAAAGAGACUACACCAGUAAGAAAGUGACACAGGAAAUUGUCAAAGAACCCCACUUGUUUGCAGUCUCAUUAAAUAAAGGUUUCAAAAGCAUUGAGGAGGUUUACAAUUACGACCAAGAUGACUUGUUGCCAGAGGAUGUCAUGAUAUUAGAAACACAUGCUGAGGUGUUUGUUUGGGUUGGUCAGUCAGUAGACCCUAAAGAGAAACAAAGUGCUUUUGAAAUUGGCCAGAAAUACAUAGAAUUGGCUGCAUCUCUGGAAGGCUUGUCCCCAUAUGUGCCAUUAUACAGAAUACUAGAGGGAAGUGAACCUUGCUUUUUCACAACAUAUUUCUCAUGGGAUCCUACAAAGGCUACUGUUUCAGGCAACUCAUUCACAAAGAAGGCUACGCUACUCUUCGGUGCAGGCUCGGUGGAGAACCAAGAUAAAUCACAUGGAACUAAAAGUGGAGGAGCGACCCAGAGAGCAUCAGCCAUGGCAGCUUUGACCAAUGCUUUUAGGUCAUCUUCCGUCACUAAAACACCUACUAGUCCAAGAAUGCCAACUCGUGGGUCACAGAGAGCAGCAGCUGUCGCAGCCUUAUCCAAUGUUCUCACUGCUGAAAAGAAGGGCCAACCUGAGUCCCCCACUCGAAGGCAACACAAAAGAAAUCCAUCAUCCGAACCUGGAUCACCUGCAGGUUUUCACAAAAGAUAUCCAUCAUCCGAACCUGGAUCACCUUCAGCUCCAUUCAAGAGUGAAGAAGCCUCUACUUUUUUUGUCAAUAAUGAAAGUUCUCAAGUUAUAACUGAGCCGAUUCCAGAGACCAACGAAGAGGAAUCAUCAAUGAAACAAACAACAGAGGACUCAUCAACUAAACAAACGACAGAGGACUCGUCAACGAAACAAAUCCAUGAGCAGGAAGAGGGUGGUGGUGUAGACAUUCAAACUUCAUAUAGUUAUGAGCAACUCAACACAAAAUCAAAGAACCCAAUUACUGGAAUCGAUUACAAGAAACGAGAGGCUUAUCUCUCCCCUGAAGAAUUUGAGGCUAUAUUUAAGAUGACAAAGGAGGCAUUCUAUCAGUUACCAAGAUGGAAGCAAGACCAGAACAAGAAGAAAGUUGAUCUCUUCUAGAAAUUGAAAAUAAUAUA